AUGGAAUUUAAAUAUUGGGGUUUAAACAUUGUUCGAGGUAUCCAAGUAUGUCGUCCUACACCACGAAGGAUACCAUAUCCGCGUCCUGGAAAAAAUGCCUUGUCCCGAGAAGAUGGUGAAAAAGAUCCAUUCCUUUAUCGUCCUUCUUUUCAAGCGAAAGCUGAUGCUGUUCAGACACAUCUUGUAGCAAACGAGACCGCUUACUUUUUGGUCACAUUAGCAAAUCCUUUUGCAUUUGAUUUAGAUAUACAAAACAUCUCUGUGAGUGCUGAUGGGGUAGGUUUCACACCCAACCCUAUGUCUACUGUCAUCCCUGCUAAUACAUCAGUUACGUUACGCGUAUCAGGCACUCCAACUGAAGCUGGAGAUUUGUCUGUCAGAGGAUGUAAAAUAAAAGUUCAUGGAUGUCUUGAACAGGAAUUUUGUGUUUAUUUGCCGCCUGAUGCAGAUGAAAUUAAAAAGAAAGAGAAGGAAGAUGAAUACAAUAAAAGGAUAAAAAAAUGUGGAUUAGCUAUGUUGGAUCGUAUAAGCCAUGCUGGUAGCUCGCAGCCAGGAGCUCAAUCAAACUCUGAACAAAAACCUGAGUUUGUUGCAGAAUUUUUAAAGGUUCCUGUAAUUGUCGAACAGCCAUUAAUUAAAAUUAAGUCUACUUCAUUGAUGCAUGGAGCUGUUAUGCUUUUUGAAGGAGAAAAAAUGGAGAUGACAAUGAGGCUCGAGAACGUGGGCAAAAUUCCUGUUGAUUAUAUAAGCUUAUCGUUUCAAGAUUCAACAAUCGAAAACACACAGGCCAUCUUAAAAUCAUCCGAUAUUCCAGCGGAAGAGGCUUAUGAAAUGGAGUUGUUUGCUCACAAACAGCCUGUUUUCUCUUGGGAAAAGCCAGAUACACCAUUUAGUAUUUUACCAGCAGAGGAGUUUGUUAUCACUAUUAAGCUUUUCGGAAAACGUGGAUGUGUUAGCGGCAUGAUACAAAUAGAUUACGGAUAUAUUAAUAGGCCUAAUUAUAUUGAUUAUGAAACUUUCUAUACUAGACAAGUUUAUUAUCCAGUUCUUCUAACUAUUCAUCAAAAUCUUGAACCGGUUUCUAUGGACAUACUAAACUUCAAACCAUUAAAUGGUCCCGAUAAUUGUACCAAUGCUGUUAAUGGUACACAUGAUAUUCAACAUAAUAAAUUAGUUGAAGAUUUAAUUAAAUUAAUGCGAUGGAAUAGUGGUUCAGAAGAUUUCAUGGUUAGGAUGGAAAAUAACUAUUGUUUGUUAACAUUUGAUAUAAGAAAUUUAUGGCACUCUGCAUUUAACGUUACGAUUGAAUCUGAUGAAGGAGAGGAUAUUGAACCAUUAAGUAUCACUACUACAAUUCAACCUGCUGCCACUGCACGGAAGAUCGCGCUAUGUGAAAGAGAAUAUACGCAACCAAUCCCUUCAUCAAAACAAUUUGUAGUAUCAAAGGGACCAAAAGGAACUGUUGAACAAGAAAAACUGCAACUUGCAUUGUUUUGGUAUAGAGAGAAUUUGUUGAAAAAAGUAAAAGCUAUUUGGGAAUCUCCAUCUACCAAUCAAAAGGGGGUGGUCGAUAUACGAACCCUAAGGCUAAACAAGUCUAUGUUAAGCGUCUUAAAAGUGAAUGAUGUUUCAUUUGGAAUUGAUAUUGAAAAGGCACCAGGAAUUGAAGCAAAGUCCUCAUUAACUUACACAUUACCCAUAUGUUUCUUUUCAAGAGGUGAUUUCAAAUUUUUAUAUCAUUGUGAAGAUGUUAAUACUAGAACAAUGUAUUUUGAUACGCAACCUUUAGUUGUUGAGGUUGUUGAUAAAUAA